GGGGGCGUUUCCAACACUGGCUGCGCGUUGAUCUCGCGCUCCCAGCUGUUUGGUGACGGGGUUGCCUCGGUGCGCACAGAGAUGGAAGCGUGUUGAAGCRGACGGAGCUGGGAUGACAGCAAGUCGGCACUGCGCGCGCGCUGCUGGGGCCACUCAAACAUCUCCGUUCUGAGCUCCAGUUUCCACAAGAGCWGAAAAGUGAAAGAAUGACAAGAGUACAAGUAUCUGCCCCGCUGCGUCCAGAGGAUAAAGAUCAACUUCAGCUGUAGAAGUGGCUCCACCGACCCGUGCCAAUGCUGGAAUGGCUUGUUGCUUUGUGUCUUCUUGUGAUCCUGGUGGUCCUCGCAUGGCCAGGCACCAGAUGUUUCUUCGAGUGUCAGCCGGGUGUUCCGCUUCAGAGAGCCGGCAUGUCACCGCGGGCAGAGAAGGACGGGACCGGGAAGGAGGACGGGAAAGCWSSYGCUGCUGCUGCUGGUGUGGCGCUCAUCUGCAAACCGUCCGCGCUGGCCAAGUACCUCCAGAAACACUGCAGGACUUUCUCUAAUUACUCGCCCUGCGCCGGCUGGACGUGGCGAGCCAGCGCCGUACUCCAGACCGUGCACGAGGCGUGCUGGCCYUGCGAAAGUCCGGUCCAGUUCGUGCGAGACAACCUGCAGCUGAGCGACGACGGGCUGGUGUCUCUGGACUGGGCAGUGCCGUCCUACCACAGGAGGCGCAGGACCUCCAGUCACUCCACCAGUCCGGUUCUGCUCAUCGUGCCCAACUCUUUCGGGAAGAUCACGAGAAAUGUCUUAAAGCUGUGUGAAACGGCGCUGGCCCACGGCUACCUUCCAGCAGUCUUCAACCGCCGCAGCCACAACGGCACCCCGCUCACCACCCUSAAACUGCAGCAGUUUGGCGACCCAUCGGACCUCCGCGAGGCCGUACGCUACAUCCGYUACCGCCAGCCAGCAGGAAGGCUGUACGCCGUCAGCGAGAGCUCCGGCUCGGGCCUCCUCCUGUCUUACCUGGGGGAGUGUGGAUCAUCGAGCUACAUGACAGCAGCUGUUUGCCUGUCGCCUGUGUUCCGCUGCCAGAGCUGGUUCGAGAGCGGGCUCUGUCGGCCCCUGCAGUGGGUGUUGGCUCUGUAUCAGAAGAUAAGUCUCAGCAGGUACAGGACAGUGCUGGGGGAGAUCAUGCAUACAGAUGCUUUGUUUUCUAGCUGUUCGUUGCGGGGUGUGGAGGAGGCCCUGUUCUGUCAGUCUAAACAUGUUGGCUCCAGCACAGCAGCUCCAGCAGGGACCGGCAGCGGCAGCRGUAACUCAGUCAGCUGGGAUUCCUACUGGGAACGCAACGAGCCACUUAGAGACGUCGACGAAGUGGCCAUUCCCGUUUUGAGCUUGUGCGCCAAGGACGACCCCGUCCGUGGAGACGCCCAGUCCACUGUGCCCAUGGAGCUCUUCGAGACAAACCCACACUUUUUCCUCCUCCUAUCUGACCGCGGAGGUCACUGUGGCUUCUCCACCCAGUCUGAGAAGAGAGCCGUGCCUGCGGCAGCAUCGAACAGCACGGCGGAGAGCGACGACACCAACUGGAGCCACAAAGUGGUGCUGGAGUUCUUCAGGGCCACCACAGACUUCUUCAACGCAGAGGAGAGGGUGAAGCAGCUUGCCGCUCGGAGGAGGGGUCUCGGAGGAGGCCUAGGCGGAAAGACUUUCCGUCUCCGGAGUGUCAGCACUUGUAAACGAGUGCCAGSUUGUUCCCAUAAUAUCCACGCCAUUUACAACUGGCAGAGGUCCUACACACGAUGAGUGAAGCCUAAUGGAAGUUUAAAGUACUUUAUGGAUUUUCACAUCAGUCUGCUUAAUGUUUUAUAAAGACUGAUAAAUGCGUUCCAUUCUCAGAAAACUCCUGAAAGGAUCGUUUUUCCUUUGAAUCCUGCAUUUUAUUUUAUAACUAUUUAGGUUUGGUGCCUUAAGCAUCUGAGCGCCCUGGAUAAAAUUCAGAAAGUGACACAGUACUACUGUAUUUCAAGUCACAAUGAAAUACAAUCUGUUACAAGUUAGGAACUCCACAGGGUAUUGUCAGGGGCCCUUUCUGGAGUUGUAAGAUUAAUUGUUCUGACAGGCUUCAUGUAUACCCCAUUUACAUCUGAGUGAUCUGGARAAGCAUUUUUAAGUGUUGAUUGUGAAAACGUUACAUAGUUAAGACCACAAAGAAAGUUAAAUAUGCUGCAUGACACGCCAGGUUAUGAUGCCAUCUGUGGUUUAUUUAAAAAAUUUUUGUUGUUGUAUUUCGUCAUUUUACAGGCCCAUUYGGUAUUUGUAGAAUGUGAGAAAUGUGUCCCGACUGACACAACAAAUGAUGUAGGACAAGAAUAUUCUGUGUCAGAAGCUCYGAUAAACUGAAAAGAGUGAGCAACAAAAGCAACACUCUGCUAUCCACCAUMKUUACUGUUGGUCAUCUACUCGUGCACACACAAAAAAAUAGUGGCUACAGCCAUCUGUAGUAAACAUGUGCAAUUUCACCAAAGUUGUGUUUUCCCUUAACUGUCCUGGAUUCCAAAGGUUUCAGUGUCAGAGAAUACUGCUGAAUCCUGCUGUUGUGUUCAAACCUUCAAAUUAAUUCAAGCUAAAUAUUUACUGAAUUUAAAAGUUCAUCCACCCUUAUUGUACAURCAGUGUAUGAAAGAGAGUUUAUUCGUGGCAUGACCUGGGAAACUUAGCUGCYUUUUUUCCACCCAUUUAGCUUUAGACAACAUUUUCUGUUUGUUUUUUUUAAUAAACUGGGUAUUUUGUGAGUUUUACUGUYUCAUUAAAUAACCUUUGUAAAUUGCUCAAGUAUAUGUAUUGGACAAUUUAAAUGUGUGUUCUUUUUGCAUUAAAUCGAAGAUUUAAAAUCA